GAAUGGAGGUGCGGGGAAUCGAGCAAAAUGAACCCCAUGCCUCUCGCAUGCGAAGCGAGCGCUCUACCAUAUGAGCUACGCCAACAUCAAUGAUAACCUACCGAUUCACCUAUAAUUAAGUGUGGUUCUUACUUCUUAGGGUCCCUCUUUCUUGGGCUUAGUCUCAUAACCCAUCACUAUCACGUCUGAAAGUCAAUGUCUUGGUCACUUGUUAGAGAGAAUGUGUCUGGAGCUAUCAGGCAAAGACAGAGUUUCUAUCAGAAAUGCAAGGGUUCCCCUCAGAUUCUGUUAUUCCAGUCUUCAUAGAAGUUUCCCAGUAAGGAAACCAAGCUAGUCCCACUACUAAUCUAACACCUUCACCUAGUCCGAACCUAACAGUCUCUGAUCGACCCAAGCUCCAAAUUUCCCAACCUUCUACUUUCCCCAGUAUCCCCCACAUAUGAAACCAUCACCUGGCCAAAGCCAUGUAUAUAAAGACAAGAAAAGACCCAGAUGGAGAACACAAGCAGCUUGCUACUGAACUUUGAGGCAGAGAUGGAAGUUCAGCAACCAAGUCUAAGCCCGGCAGCGCGUCUGUUUCACUCACCAAAGUUCAGCUGCUAUAUUGUCAUAAGAAUGGGGUGCAGCAUCAGGAUCAAUCCUGAAGUAAUCAGCGCCGGCUUGAAGGAAACCUUGUAUAAGCAUCCUCGCUUCUCUAGCAAAAUGGUGAAGGAUAGAAACUUAUGUGGUAAAACGAGAUGGAUACAAGUUCCAAUAAAUAUGGAGGACCAUGUUAUUGUUCCAAACAUGGAUUCAGAUAUGGAGGAUGCUGACCAAUUUGUCAGAGACUACAUUUCCCACCUUACCAAAAGCCCUCUUGACCUUUCCAAGCCACUAUGGGAAGUCCAUAUCCUCAAUGUCAAAACCUCUGAUGCAGAAGCUGUUGCAGUGAUUCGGAUUCACCAUUCGAUUGGGGAUGGCGCGUCCCUCAUGUCACUUCUACUAGCUUGUACCAGAAAAACAUCGGACCCGGAUGCAUUGCCUAGUGUUCCAACCAAGAGGAAACAUGAGGGUAGUUCUUCAAGUGAAUCGAGCGUGUUCUGGUGGUUGUUAUUGGCUAUUUGGUCAGCAGUAACAUUGAUAGGGAACACUCUUGUUGAUAUUGUGCUGUUUGUAGCCACUAUUCUGGUUUUGAAAGACACAAAGACUCCUAUUAAAGGUCCACCUGGGGUUGAGCUUACUGCCAAGCGCUUCUUGCAUCGAACAGUUAGUUUUGAUCACAUCAAACAAGUGAAGAAUGCUAUGAACAUGACAAUCAAUGAUGUUGUAUUAGGAGUGACACAGGCGGGUCUAUCGCAAUAUUUGAACUGCAGAUAUGCAGCAGGUGAAAAUGAGAAAGAUGAGGGAGCAAAGAAGAAGGGACAUAAUCUACCAAAAAGUAUCCGCCUUAGAGCAAAUAUUCUCGUUAAUUUACGACCAGCUGUUGGGAUCCAGGAACUGGCCGAUAUGAUGGCUAAGAAGUCCAAGACCAAGUGGGGUAAUAGGAUUGGAUAUGUCCUGGUACCCUUCACCAUUGCUCUACAAGAUGACCCUUUGGAUUAUGUUCGUGGAGCCAAGUUGCUUAUGGAUCGGAAAAAGCACUCAUUUGAAGCAUUUUGCACAUACUUAAGUGCCAAUCUUUUAACCAAACUAAUCGGAGCAAAGGGAGCUGGAGCAGUAGCACACAAAGUUCUUUGUAAUUCCACAUUAGCAUUCACAAACUUGAUUGGUCCCCUCGAAGAAAUUAGCUAUUACGGGCAUCCAAUUACUUACAUUGCUCCUAAUGUUUACGGCCAUCCACAUGCAUUGCACAUGCAUUUUCAAAGCUAUGUUGACAAAAUGAUUAUUAGCUUAGCCUUUGACCCCGAUUUAAUCCCUGAUCCUGAAAAGUUGUUGGAUGAUUUAGAAGAAUCACUCAAACUCAUUCGCGAUGCUGUUGUCGAAAAGGAGCUCAACAUUGCCAAGGAAGGAAGAAGCAGCUGUGUUUAGCCAAAUGAGUCCAGAGAUUUGCAACAUUUUUUCUGCCCAAGUAUAGUUCUAUGUAGGCAUUGUCGAUUAUCUAUAUCCAUGGUUUAGGUUCUUUUCUUAUUGUUGCAUUAGAUAAGCAACAUGCAUGUGAGUUUCAAACCAAAACAAAGGUUCAUGAACUUGCAAAUGGCAUGUGUAUGUAUUAACAAAAAGAACCUCUACGCCGUACUGCAUCAUAGAAACUUGAAUCAAUCUUGCAUCAAAUAUUUCACUUAGCAAUUUCAAAAGCAAAAUUACUCUCUCUUUCACUAUAAGGCAAAGAAAAUCAGGGUAAGAAAGCAGAACUCAUAAAACAUCCCAUGAUACUGGGUAGGCAUGAAUUAACUAGAGGAAUCACUCAAACAUCUCGUUAACCCAGAUGUGAUCCCAGAUCCUGAGAAGUUGCUGAAUUAACUAGAGGAAUCACUCAAACUCAUCUACGAUGUUGUUGUCGAAAAAGGCUUCUACAUUGCCAAGGAAGAAGCUGUGUGGCACCAAAUGAGUUCAUGAGAUGUGGAACUUUUUUUCUGCCUAAAGAAUAGUUCAAUAUAGGCACUGUUGAUUCAACUUACCAUAUAUUCAAUGGCUGUGACAAUAUUGUAUCUCUAAUGUUGAAUUUGGCGCCUUCUGGUAAAUAGGAUACUAGAUGUAGUGGAUUGAAUGAAUAUGU